AAUUAACCGCCCAAAAUGAAAGACCUAUGCGAAUGGGUUGAAUUUUUUGAGGCUGCUGGUGUUCCAGCCAAACUAAGGGAAACAUAUGCUGGAAUUUUUGUUGAACAUCGAAUUAACAAUUCAGUCCUUGCUGAUUUAGAUAAGGAUCACUUAAAAGAUAUGGGGAUCACAGUUAUUGGAGAUAUUAUUUCCAUACUGAAGCAAUGCAAAAAAAUAAGACACGAGGCAAGUUGUCUAUUUUCCUCGAAGUUAUUUUGUUUAAGUUAUCAGUUGCACCAACUCCUGUUGUCACUUCAACAACGUCGAAAGAUUGCUCAUCUGAAAAUAAGAAAGCUGCGUCCAAAAAUGUCGGUGUUUUAGUCCCAGUGCGUCGUCGAAUGAAUCCUGAGGUUGAAGGAAAAUAUAUUGUUAAAAUGCCCAAGGGGACGACUUUAAAGACGCAGAAAAUUCUUGCAUCCAUGAAGCAAAAGAAUAGUGCAAAGUCUAGUCAAUCUGAAGUUGCCAAAUCCGCCAAAACUAAUGAACCUCCUGUAUCGUCUACCUUCGAAGACAGCGAUGUCGAUGAUUGUGAUAAUUAUCGUGUUAUCAUCUCUAAAUCAAAUGCACAUGGUUCCACAUCUAGUGAUUCAGUAUUCAGUCGUUUAGGUAAUACUGUAAAUAGAGAGGAUUCACCUACAAGUGUACUUAUAAAAAAAACGACAGAUCCAUCUGCUGCAAUGCAACGCUUUAUUCGUUGGAAUUUAAAUGACAAUAGUCUUGGAUCACCUUUUCGUCCUUCACCAUCUGUUGCAGAAACUAUUAUAAACUCACCAGAGGAUUCUUUGAAUUUUAAAGUUAUUAAACAAGUUAGCGGUCUUACAAAAAGCCUUGAUCAGUCUGUUAAAUUAAGAACACCCCUUAAACGACAUGCUUCUGAUACGGUGUUUAGUCGUUUAAGUGCUCCAUCAACUACUAUACAACCAAAUGAUCAACUCUCUUACCAAGGAAUUUUGAAGAAGUCACGAAUGCAACCUCCUCAAUUUAACAAUGAAUCGAUGUCUACAAGUUCUCUAAAUAGCUUUCUUUCUCCACACACCGAAGGUGUACUUAGCCAGAGUCGUAUGCAAAAAGUUUCUGUAAAAAACCGCUUAGGCAACAGACAAGGAAAGUCUAACGCUCCAGUUCAUUCUAGACUUGGUCGAGCAUCUAAUCCAGUAUGAAUAAUCUGAUUUACAUGACUUUUACUGAACUUAGUGUAUAUAUACAUAAAUAUGUUUCGCAUACCAUAAAAUAUAAUUUUAAGUAUCUA